AUGGAGUUGGUAAUACUGAAAGCGCGAGCCCAACUGAAUCGUCUGGUGUCGGAGCGGCGCGCGAGCGCGGGCAAGGAGCGCGAGGCGCGCGCGGGCGGCGGCGGUGGCGCGCGGGCGGCGGGGCGCGAGCGCGGCAUGGCGCCCGCCCGCCCCGCGCCGGCGACCGCCGCGCCCUGGCUCAACGCCACCCUAGCGUACAACCUGUCCCUCUCCCGCAUCAACUCCACCCUGGACACGGACUACGAGCUGCUCAACGGCAACUCCAGCGACGACCACGACAACCAUUGGUUCUGCGCCAAGUGGACUAGCGCCCAGCAAGAUCUCUUUCAGGCUGCAAACCUUUGCUUCGCAAUUGCAUUUCUGGCACCCAAGAGUUUUAAGCAGAGCAUAUUGGUGCUGCGAGCGCUGGUUGCUGCAGGUGCAGUGCUCAUGGGUAUGUGGGCAGGCGCCGAGGUCUGCGCGCCAGACGUCCUAGCUUGGAGUCUCGGACUCGUCCUAGUCAACUCUAUCCACACUGUUUUCCUAAUAAUAAGGUUUCUUCCACCGGCGUUGUCAUUAGAGCUGACAGAUUUGUACCUGAAACUGUUCAAGCCUCUGAAAGUGAAUAAGAAGCACUUUCAGGAGUUAACGCGAGAAGCGAGGGUCAUCAAACUUGAGCCGGGCGAGGCAUACGCGGUUGAAGAAGUGACGCCGGCGGACGAAAGAUUAUCAAUAAUAUUAAAGGGAAAGAUGCGAGUGAGUUGUGAUGAAACGCUCCUUCAUUAUAUACAACCUUAUCAGUUCGUUGAUUCACCAGAGUGGGAAGCGAAUCGUGAACAGUCGGACGACGUCUUCCAGGUGACUGUGGUCGCGGAGGAGGUAAGCACGUGUGUCUGCUGGCCGCGCAGGCGUUUAGAGCGCGUACUGCGUCACCGCCCUGCACUCAAGGUCGUGCUCGACUGCCUCAUAGGUAAAGAUAUAACGCAUAAGCUGUAUUCAGUGAGUGAAGGGCUUAGUGCGGGCGUGGCUGGUGAAAGCGAAGGCCAACCGGCCCAUCUCACGCGCUCUGCCAGUGUGGACGCUGUGCACGAAGGUAGUUCGUAUUGGCAGCCCAUGGUGGCUCGCCAGUUCCUCAGGCAGUCACCGUUCGGGCGAAGCGUGAUACCGCCCGCGCCACCGCGGCUGCUGACGCAAACGUCGUCCGCGAGCUUACAGCCGCCGGUGCGGCGCCGAAGUCCACCGCGACGCACCGCUUCUUUCCGCCGCAGCCGCGAGGUGAAGUUCGCGGAGGUGCCCACUGCAGCGGAGCCGGCAGUGUGA